GCAUUUUGAAUGCGUUCGCGUAGUACAAAAUGACGACAACAGUAAAAUGUGCAAGUUGCAAUAUUGUUAUUAACGAACUGUUAGCAUAUGUGCAAAAUAAAAUCUCAAUCGUGGAUGAAGAGAGCCUGGUGAAAAUUUGUUUGUCUUCAUUUAAUAGUGAUCAAAUAAAUGAAGCUAAAACGUUAUUAUUUGAAUCGCUAUCAGCUGAUCAUCGUAAAAAGCCACGUAAGGGACAAGGCCGAGAAAAUCGGGAGUUAAAGGAUAUUAUCAGCCUAUUUAAAGUCGCAGACCCUGAUAUAAUGCCAGUGUUUGUUGCUCGUGAAUUGGAGAAAUUACCACCAAUAACUUUCGAUCAUUUGGAUGUCUCUAAAUUACUCAAGGAUCUACUACUGGUGCAGGCCGAGAUUAAGGAAAUAAAAUCGUCCUACGUAACUCUGAAUCAGCUUGAGGUCGUAAAGAACCAGAUACAGAAUACAACGAUAGGAGCUGUAACACCAUUUUCUGUACAUAACAUCAAUAUCAAGAGAGGAACUGCAUAUGAGGACAGCGGGCCAAUUGGUUUACCUCAUCUCAAUGACUCAGCAUUAACGGAUGAGAAUAAUAUAUCUCAAUGUGCAAUAUCCGCGAAUAAUAGUAGUUUAAAAUACCAAAACAAUAAUAUAAAUCAGAUGGAGGGUAGAGAAAUAACCGAACUGAAUGCAACAUUGUUGUCGCCGCUGGGUGUUAGUGGCGACGGCGGCGACGGCGGCAAGAAGCGCGGAGAAGGGGACGAAGUGCGCUAUGACUCACGGUGCAACGGUGCGGAAGGUGAGAACUAUGCGUCAUCGCCUACGCUUGCUAAAGAGCGCUUCGAUCAGACUGUUGCAAGUAAUGAUUGCACCUAUGCAAACGUAUUGAAGUCGAAUGCGAGCGAAGUAAUAGAUAGCAAAGCGAAACAGAAAUGGACUUUAGUACGAAAUAAAAAACCAUACAAAAAUAUACGUUUCACUGGAAAAAUGGGCAAUAGCAAUAUCGAACCUGAACAAAAAUUUAGGGCAGCUGAUAGAAAAAUACCUAUUUUUAUUACGAAUGUGCAUAUGGGAACUUUAAAAUCAGACAUAAGUAAUUAUAUCUACAGUAAAACCAAUGAAACUGUCAAUCUAGAGAAGAUUACUAUGAAAAGGAAAAGUGAAUAUGAUGCUUAUAAGUUCUUUGUUGCGCAAUCUAAAGAACAAUUAUUUUUAGAUGAGAAACUGUGGCCUAAAGGCAUAAUUUUUCGACGCUUCGUGCAUUUUAAAACAAAAAGUUCGACUGGGAAUACUCAUAAUUCCCAUAACGGCACUAUAAAUCAAAAUAAUAGAUAGUACAACCUACAAAUUUGCUAGCUUCAAUUGUAAGAGUGCUAAGCGCUCUAUAAAUGGGAUUCGUGAGCUCUGUAAACUGUCUGAUAUAGUUGCUCUACAAGA